AUGAUCAAAGAAGAAGAGAGAGUGGAAGCCGAUGAAGAGAGCGAGAAUGAUCAGGAGAGAAUCGCUUUCCUCACCGCGUUCAUCGGCCGUCUCAUGCACGCUCCGAUGAAGGCAAAGUCCCCGGCCGAGGUGGACGUGGCGGUGACUCGCGAGGAGAUCCGCAUCGUCUCCAACUACGCCGCCGCUUCGUUCUCCGGCCUCGGCUCGCUGAUGCGCGUCGACGAGAGCUGCCUGCCCGUUCAAAUUGUCGGAGACCUCCACGGCCAUUUCUCGGACCUCCGUAAUAUUUUCGCGAGGUGAGCUCUGUCACAACUUGCUUGGUAUUCAUGAUAUCCAGACACGGACCGCCGGGCGUCUCUCACUACGUUUUCCUCGGCGAUUAUGUGGACCGUGGGCGUCAGGGACUCGAGACGGUCCUACUGCUCAUGGCCUUCCACUGCCUUCAUCCCGGCCAUCUGUUCCUCUGCCGUGGAAACCACGAGGACUACAACACGACGUUGACGUACGGAUUCUACGACGAGUGCCGAAUGAAGUACGGAAAGAAGGGCGCCCUCGCUUGGCUUCACAUCGUCAACGCCUUCAACCACCUUCCGUUCGCCGCCGUUCUUUUCGACAAAGUGCUGUGCAUGCACGGAGGAAUUUCCCCGCACAUCCAGACGCUCGAGGACAUUGAAUCGGUUAGUGGGUAGGGGAAAAUCACAUCGAUUCAGUGCUUAUGUCAGAUCCAACGUCCCACUUUCAUUCCUUCCUACGGGCUCGCCUGCGAUUUGGUCUGGUCGGAUCCGGAGCACACUACAGUAAUACUUUGAGAAAUGUUGAAAACAAGCAGGGUUUCAGAACGCCGGAUGGUCUCUGUCGGCACGUGGAAUCUCCUUCUCGUUCGAUGACACCACUAUCGAGAAGUUUUGCCAGGAAAACGGGAUCGAUUUGAUCGUUCGAGCUCAUCAGAUCUCCAGCGAUGUUGGAAGUGCAGAGUAGCCCUGAAAGCGAUAGUUCUGAUUUCAGAUGAUCAAAGGAGGACACAAAUGGCACGCGAACGGCCGCAUGGUGACCAUAUUCUCGGCGGCCAACUACCUGAGCAUGGGCAACGAUUCGUGUGUGAUCCGCAUCGAUCAGCAGGUAUCCCCGACGUCACUUCUGACACAUUUUCUCUUUAUUUUCUUCCCAGAAAAACGUCGAAUUCUGUCUGUUGCGCCCGUCUAAACGAUCUUUGAAAGUGUAA